CCGGAACUGUCAGAGUUGAAAGGUCAAAUAAAUAGAGUAGCUGCAUCGUUAGCUUAGUUAGCAGCUAAAUAAAUUUAAAGAAAAUGUCAGCGACGGAGGAAAACACAAGUAUGAUUCUUCCGUGUGUGCUUGUCACUAGCUGUGACUGCGAGUUUAAAAAAGAAAUCUUGAUAAAACAAAUCCUCGGUUCAGAGACUUUGCCUCAGCCAGCUGAGCGAGACGACACGAUAGCCUGGUACCCAUGGACCAUCAAUAACAAAUAUUAUACAGCAGAUGUGCGACUGUGUGCUGUACCAAACACUUAUGCGAUGUCAUCUGAGAUCGCCCAGUCCAUGCAGGCUUUUAUUGCUUACUUUGACAGUAAAGUGAAAGAUGGGCUGGAAAAGCUAAAACCUUGGAUAUCUGUGGUGGAAGACAUCGCUCCAGAGGUGCUCAUACUUGUGUGCGACAGAACUGAUGAAAAUGGCGUCACAAAGCAUGAAGCACAUCAGUGGUGUUUAGCUCAUGCUUUUGAGCUUGUGGAGCUCAAUCCACUGGAAAUACCAGAUGAAGAUGAUGACUUUCCAGAAUCCACAGGCGUAAAGAGAAUUGUCCAGGCUCUCAAUGCUAAUGUAUGGUCCAGUGUGGAGAUGAAGGAUGGGCACAAUCAGGGUUUUGGUCUAAUGAGCAGUUUAGUGGCUUCCAGACAUAACCAACGCCGCUGCCAGGAUCCACCAUCCUCCAGUUUGCCAGCAGAGGGCACACUCCCUGAUGAUGCAGCCAGAGAAAAUAAUACAAAAUGUGACAGAAAGGAGGAGUCAGUAGUGGAUGCAAUGACUGAUUUAGACAUACAGGAGCUUGCCAAUCUCACAGCUGGAGAUGCAGAUGUGGAUAAUUUUGAGCGCCUCUUUACCAAAUUAAAGGAGAUGAAAGAUAAAGCUUCUUCAUUACCUCAUGAGCAGAGAAAAGUUCAUGCAGAGAAGGUGGCAAAAGCAUUUUGGAUGGCCAUUGGUGGUGAUGAAGAUGAAAUAGAUGGAUUAUCUUCAGGGGAGGAAAGUUAAAAUCAGUUGCCUGUAGUUCCGUACUCCUGAUCCUCCUCUUUCCUUCGCUCACACAAGAGUCUGCGCUGGUGGACGUCCUGCUCACGCUUGGAAAGUAGAGAUGCUUACAGAUAUUGUAGGCAUUUUUGUAUUUAGUCCAUUUGGAUUCCUAAAAUAAAAUAAUGCGUUUUUAAAACCUGAUGGAUAUCUUGUUCAGAGAACCCACGAGUGUCUCAGAUACUAAGUCUUCCUCUCUGGGUCUCGUUCUAGCCAGUGAUCCUCAGUACAUGAUGGUGAUGCAGGCGGAUAACUAUUUUGAUGUCAUGUUUGUUUGUAGGUACAGUCAUCAGAUGUUUUUUUUUUAUAUAUAUAUAUAUGUGCCUUAUAUUGAGUUCUAAAAGAUUUAAUUCACAUUUAGAUGAAUCAACAUGAAGUCUUGUAGUUUGUUGUCUGUUUUUAGUGAGUAGUGUAUUUAUUGUGAACACUAUUCCACAA